AUGCUCGGCGCGCCGCCGGACGCGCCGGCUCCCCGCUGGCUGCGCGCCAUCCGCACGGCCGUGCCCGUGGAGGGCCUCGUGGCGGCGGAGGUGCCCCCCGCGGGCGUCGCCGCGCACCUCGGCGGCGGCGGCGGUGCCAGUCCCUCCGCCGCCGAGGGAGCGGCGCCGCCUCAGGCGCUCGCCCCCUGUGGGCUCUCCUACGCGCGGGUCGUGUUCACCUCGCCGCUGGCCCCGCACGGCCCGCACGUGGUCGUGGAGAGGGCGUUGGUGGACACCGGCUCGUCGGACUGCGAGCUGCGCGAGUGUCCCCUGCGCCAGCUGCAGCCGCUGCCCGUCGUCGCCAGGGGCGCCGUGUACGAGACGUCCACCGGCGGGGAGCCGUUCGACGCCUACGAGGUUCUCGUCACUGUCGGCGGCCGCACGUGCGCAGCUGUGCUGACCUGCUGCGACGAGUCCUCGUCGGACGACGCCCUGCUAGGACGGACACAUGGCCCUCGGGGCCAUGGGUCUGCGCGUGGACUGCCUCGCCCGGCAGCUCACCCCAAGCGAGAAGGGCACCCUGGCGGACGUUUCGGAUGA